AUGAAUGACGACGAAAACCCGCUCAAGAUCAGCCCACGUGCUACCACUGGCUUGACUCUAUGGUACAUCGGCUUCGGCGCCAUCUUCUUCACCUUCUUCUGCAUUGGGUGCCUCCUGCGAGCUAUGGACUGCAUCUCGACGGUCUGGCUCCUCGUCUUUCUCCUUCCGGCGGUUUUUUGCCUCCUUACCGCUAGUCUGAUGGCCAAUUGGAUUCCAAACCUUUCCCCAAAGACCAGCAGUGAAGCGAAAGACGAUGUACCAGCCAAUGGAGUACCAGGAGAUGCUGCGUCGCUCAAUAGCCCCCCACCAACCUAUAAGGCGGCCCCAAGUGACUCUGCUGUUUAA